AUGGCUACUAGGUGCGGCUUAUCUACAGACGCGAAACGGAAAAAGGUAAUUUUUUGUUGCGAUCCCGGCGGCGAUGAUGCGGUUGCUCUCAUCCUCCUCCUCAGAAAUCCUGAAAAGAUUGAAAUCCUGGCCAUCGCCAUCAACGCCGGCAAUACGAACGUUCAGCAGGAGAUGAUCAAUACUUUGAGGAUUCUCAAGCUGAUGAACCGACUUGAUAUCCCUGUCUACAAAGGACAUGACAACAUACUGAACAACGAUAAACUUCUAAGUUCUGACAACUUCUUUGGAAACGAUGCUUUCGGUGACUUCAUAGAUGGCACCGUAUUUGACUACACCCCAUACACACAGAAGAGCAGUGUUGGAAACAUCACUCCGGUUGCAGAGUUCAACUUCUAUUACGAUCCAGAGGCGGCCAAUGAAGUGAUGACAAAAUGGAAAGGUGACAUCUGUCUGGUGACUUGGGAACUCUGCUUGUCGGCUGCUCAAUCUUGGGAUUGGUAUGACCUGAAUCUUGUCAGAAAGCCAAACAAGACGUCAACAUUUCUUAAGAAUGUCUUGAACAAAGUCAGGAUCAAAACGAAGAAAUAUGUGCCAUGUGACGAGCUUGCUGCGGCUCUCCUUAUUGACAGCAAGAUUAUCGCUCAGUGCAAACCCAUUAGGAGGGGAGAGAGUGUGGUCGAUUGGCGCAGUGAGAAUCCGGACAAAAAUGUCUACCUGGUGACUGAAAUUGACGUUGAACUGCUCAAAGAAUAUCUCUUAACGUCAACCUACGAUUAA